AAAUUUGUCUCUUUGCAAAUCGCUAUAUCUUAUCAUCUGUGUGUGAUAGCUCAUCAGUACCGAGCUAUAGCACAUUAAGCCUCUCCACCAAACGCUGUCGUUCUGAUUGAUCGUAGUACGGACAUGGGAAGGAAUCCUUGCUACAACGUCGAAGGGUUGAAGAAAGGUGCGUGGACACCAGAGGAAGACCAGAAGCUUCUUUCUUACAUUCAACAACACGGCGAAGGAGGCUGGCGUUCCUUGCCCCAUAAAGCUGGGCUUUCGAGAUGUGGAAAGAGCUGUAGAUUGAGAUGGGCUAAUUAUUUAAGACCUGAUAUUAAGAGAGGGGAGUUCAGCCCAGAGGAAGAACAGACUAUUAUUCGACUUCAUUCUAUUUUAGGCAACAGGUGGUCCACCAUAGCCAAAAAUUUACCUGGGCGAACGGACAACGAAAUCAAGAAUCACUGGAAUACUCGACUUAGGAAACGCUUGAUCCAAUUGGGAACAUAUCAUAAUCCUAAUAAUAAUUCUUCUUCUACUACAAGUACUCAAUUGGCAAAAAAUGAUCUAACUGAUCCACCAAAUUCCAAAGGCUCAAACAUUUCCACUACUAGUACUACUACUACUACAUCAGCGCAUCAAAUACUCAACGAGCUAGCUGCUUCUCCCAAUCUCAAAUCCUCUAAUUGCCUUGCUUCACUCUUAUCCCGACCAAUCGGUGGCAGCGGCGGCUGCAGCGACAACGCUGAAGGCAGGGAUAAAAAGGUCUUAAAUUUGGCCACUGUACUUAACAAGGUGGCCACAACUUGUUUAAAAAACAAUGAACUACAAAGUUGCCCAAUUCAAGAAGCUGUAAAGACAGUUCUAUCUAAAUCUUCCACACCAUCGCGUGAAGCUGCCACCAAUCAUAGUGAAAGUUAUAGUAUUUCAAUUCCGAACAUUAAUUGGGCCAAUAAUACUAGUUGUAUGGAAAGUCCUAACGCAGAGACAGGAUCAAUGGAUCAAGAGUCAAAGUAUGUCAAUUCUGCCACGUCACCUCGGGUACUAGUAUUGAAUGAGAUGGCUUCAAAGCUGGCUCAUAUGAAACGACGUCGUCCUGCGUUGCUUAGCAGCACUGACUGGCGAGCAAGAGGUGUUCUGUGCGAGCCCAUGGGCUCACCUGCAGCAGCAAUCCCGGCUGAGUCACCAGUUUCCCAAUCAAGUCACGAUGUGUGGCUGCUCCAUGACAUGGGAUUCGACCCUCAAGACUUGUUCUCUGAGGAAAUUCCUAGUGCCAAGGAUGAUUUCAACUAUAAUACGGUUAGUGAUGCUGGUGAUGAUCUUGAUCAAGUUGAUCAGUUGAUGAGAAACUUGAUAGUAAAUUUUGGAGAUGAUCUAAUUUAUUUGUAAACUUGUGACCUAUUGAAAUCAAUGGUGGCGGUAUACUAUAGAUGGUUCGGAUAAA